AUGCAUUUUAUUGGAGGCUUCUUCCUCUGGAGUCUGCUGGAAUACGUCCUCCACCGGUUCCUCUUCCACCUUGAUGAUUAUCUCCCCAACAACCGCGUCGGCAUCACCGCACACUUCCUGCUUCACGGCAUCCACCACUACCUGCCCAUGGACAAGUACCGCCUGGUCAUGCCGCCGACCCUGUUCGUCGUUCUUGCGACGCCAUUCUGGAAGCUGGCCCGCAUUGUCUUUGCCUACAACUGGUACGCCGGCACCGCCGUGUACUGCGGAGGCAUCUUUGGCUACAUCUGCUACGACCUCACGCACUACUUCCUCCAUCACCAGAAUCUCCCGCUCUGGUACAAGGAUUUGAAGAAGUACCACCUUCAGCACCACUUCCUCGACUACGAGCUCGGCUUUGGCGUCACGAGCAAGUUCUGGGACCGCGUCUUCGGAACAGAGCUGGUUCCUGUUGUCAAGACUGCCUGAGCGGGGAGACGAGUUUUUGCAGAGUGAGGAUUGAGGACAGUGAGAAGCGAGGACAGUUGUCAGGUUUUAACGCAAGUCAUGGCCAGCGGGUGUAAUACGAAUGACGGGGCUGGCCUUUUUCAGGGGACCGGUUGUCUGAAGGAGUUCAGGGGUGAGAUGCUUUAACGGGACUACGAGGCAAUGCCUGGCUUGAACAUCGGAACGGGACAUGAGCCACUGCAUACUUGCAGACACAUAUUAGUGUUUAAUAUUGAUACCACCACUCACUUGAGCCUGCGC